GCCCACUAGCCCGCCUCUUUGCUGUGGGCGUGGCCUGGGUGGAAAGCCCUGCCCCUUUCCCGUCGGGGCCCGUGUGCAUUCCCACCUCUCCCAAGGGUCACGUGCCCCAUAUCCCCGGGUCAGGUGUUCACGCUGAGCCUCUCGUUACGUCACUUGCUCGGCUCCUCCUCCGCGGGUCACGUGGCCGCACCCGCCUCUUCCCACUUGCUCCCCUUCCUCGGUCUUGCGCGGGCGCCGCUUCCGCUUCCGGCGCGAGCCUCCGCAGCCGCCUCUGCACCCUCCCUUCCCCCCGCCCCGCCCCUCCCCUCCCCGGGGAACGCUCGCGCGCGGCGGCCGUUAACUGCCCGGCUCAACCACAGUGGGCACGGCCAUGGCGCGGAGGCGGCGGGGGCCGCUCGGGCCGACGGCCCCCAGAGCGGGGGGCUGGUAGCCCAGAUGCUGGGGUUCCAUGCCCAGGGACUGGCACUAAGGACUGUCUCUGCCUGCAGUAGCUGUGCGGUGCCUCCAGCGCCAUGGCGCAGGACUGGGUGGACUGCCCUGCUCUGGGGCCUGGUUGGAAGCGGCGCGAAGCCUUCCGCAAGUCAGGUGCCACCUGCGGCCGCACGGACACCUACUACCAGAGCCCCACGGGAGCCAAGUUCCGCAGCAAGAUUGAGCUGAGCAAGUUCUUGGGGACAUCUCAGGACCUCACCCACUUUGACUUCAAGAAGGGCAUUAUCUGGGAGCCCACACCCCAGGUCCGGAAGGGCACCAAGCGCCACCUGUCCCUGCCGGACACCCCAGAACUCCCAGUCCCAGAGCCCAAGAACCACCCAGAGGAGGUGCCCCUUGAACCCAGCCCCCCUGGGCCAGAGCCCCCUGAGCCGCUGCCACCCUUAAAGCAGGAGUCCCCUCCACCAGAGCCCCAUGAGGAGCCAGAGCUCCAGCCCCUGCCAGAGCAAUGGCCCCUGCCAGAACGCAGGAGCAGGAAGCGCCCACCCGUCCCCCCUGAGCCCUUGGAGCCCCCCCUGGAUGGCGUUGUAGCGUGCUGUGCCAGCUGCCAGACUGUUUUCCCUGGUGUGACACUGCCCGCUCAGAGACGCUGCCGCUGGCUCUGCCCCGACUGCCGAGCCCAGAGAAGGGACUUCAACAGGGAGCAGCGGUUCUUUAAGCGGGUGGGAUGCGGGCUGUGCCAGGCCUGCCAGAUUCCUGAGGACUGUGGGAUCUGCACUGCCUGCACAGGGCGGGGCCGUGGCCCUGGCCCUGCCUCAGGCCCUGCCACCCGGCCUGGCCUCAAGUGCCUGCUGCGCCGCUGCCUCAAGAUUGUCAAGAAGGGCUUUGGCUGUGGUGCAUGCCAGGGCUGCCAGAACACAGAGGACUGUGGCACCUGCUACAUCUGCCUGCGGCGCCUCAAGCCAGGGCUCAAGCGCCAGUGGAGGUGUCUCCAGCGUCGCUGUCUCAAGAGAAAGAAGUCAGUGGUGGCCAAGAAGGGCGGCUAUGGCUCCCGCAAACUGAUGGUGAAGUGGAAGCCAGUGCUAGAGAGAGACCCCAGUACCGCUUUUGCAGCGGGGCAUAUGAAGCAGCUCAACAAGGUGAAGGAUAAGAAGAAGCUGGGCCGGCCCCCCAAGCACCCCAGCGCCCGGGCCAGUGCGGGCUCGGGGGGCCGGCGGCGGCGGCGGCGGUGCGGGGUGUGCGAGGCCUGCGUGCGCAGGGUCGACUGCGGGUGCUGCGACUUCUGCCGCGACAAGCCCAAGUUCGGUGGCGACAACCUCAAGCGCCAGAAGUGCCGCUGGAGACAGUGCCUGCGCCUUGCCAUGAAGCGGCUGCUGCCAGGGCCGGUGGCGGUGGCGGGGCCAGUGCCAGGGCUGGUGCCAGGGCCGGGGCGGAGCGGGGGCGUGGGCGGCCCAGGGCCCCGCAGGGCCUGGAGGAGGCGGCGGCGGAGGAGGAGCAGCGCCUGUGGGCGCAGGCCGGCCCCCAUCGCGCAGCCCGGGCGGCGCCGCUGGGCCCCCGGCACCACCCCGCCCCAGGACAAGGAGGCCCCGGCAGGGGUGGAUGUACUACUGGGGGCUGAGAAGCGGGGAUCGGGGGGGGCAGAGCCGCCUGGGCCCCUGGCACUGGUGACAGAGCGGCCGGGGCGCGACCUGGUGCUGCUCCCCCCUGUGCCCCCCCGCGCCUUCCCCCUCCUGCUGCAGCGUGUCAAAGAGGAGCCUGCUCCAGCCCCCCCACUUGCUGAGGUCCCAGAGCCCAGUGCCAGCCUGCCCGACCUGGGCUUCCUCAUUGCCUCGGCACCUCGUGUCAAGCAGGAGAAGGUAGAGCCCAGCCCUGGGGAGCACUCGCCGGCAACCCUCGUCUCGGUGCCAUCGCCGCAGGCCGAGGGCCGGGGGCCAGGCGGGGACGUGGUGGUGUUGGACGAAACAGAGGAGGAUGAGGAGGAGGAGCCCACGCCUGUGAUCAUGGAGGUGCUGAGCCUGGGCACGCUGGCACUGGGGGCCCGGCGCCCGCCCCCGCCUGAGGACGCAGCGCUGCGGCGCUUCCUGGCCGAGCUGCAGGAGAUCCCACUGCCAGCACACUGGGAGGUGGUGCCGCCUCGUGGGGAGCCUGACCUGCGCUUGGUGCAGCGUUCAGCUCGCUCUACUGUGGCUUCAGCUGUCAUCCGUAUUCGCCCAGGCCUCUUCUUCCAGGUGGUGGCGUGUGACCUGCCUGUGCCUCCUGAGCACCAGCUCUAUGCUGGGCACCCGCCUCGCCUCACCACUGUGGAUGAGGUGGUGGAGCUCAUCUGUGACCUGGAGGCCUAUCGCCUCUGCCCCGGCUGCCCUGCCGGUCCCCGCUCCCCGGCCUGCGCCGUGCUGGUCUAUGCCGGGCCCUGCCCCCGUUGCCGCAGCCUGGAGCCCUGGCCCUCAGGGGCUGGGCCUCCCCCCAGCUAGCCCUGCCCUGCCCUCUGCCUUGUCAGCCCCACCCCGAACAGAGCUUUCUAUUUUUGUGACACUGGAAUAAAAGGGGGUGGGGGGGGGAAGGGACAUCCUGUCUUGGCAGUGCCACUUCCUGUGUCGUGGUUGGAGGGGAGCAGGGUUCUGUUUGUACUGGUCCUGCUUCCCCUUCCCACCCCUUGUGCUUAAGUGGGGAGGGGUGUGGGGUGGCCCUACCCCUUGCUGGACAUAUGGGAGGAGCUUGAGGUGACCCCACCCCUUGUUGAAUGUAUGGGAGGGACUUGGGGUGGCCCUGCUCCUUUGCUGUGCUUAGGGGAGGGGCAGCCCCCUGUCCAGUGCUUUAUCUUUCUGGCUGGUAGGAUUGGCAUGAAAGGUCUAAGAGUACAGAAGGCCUUGCUUCCUGGUUUGGAGCACCACUUCCUGUCCUGUUUUAGGCUGGAGGGGGAGGGCAGGGCAAGGCAAGGUUUGUACUGGCCACUCCCACAUCCCCCAGUCUGGCCCUGUCCCCCAUGGCCUAUUUUGAGUGGGGGGAGCAGCCCCCCAUCCCCCAUAGCUGCCCCUUCCCCCUGUCUUCCAGGCCUAGGCUUGGGUGGGUGGGGCUGGACAGACAGAUAGGCCUGCCCCCAUGGCAAAGCAAUAGGCCCCACCCCCCUUGGGCCCCCCUCCCUGCUUUGGGUUUUGUGAUUCUUUGUUUGAAACUUGAAUCCCUGGCAUCUCGGUGGCUGUUUGGGGAGGGGCUGGGAAGGGGAGGGGCAGGGCCUGUGUGGGAGAGGGGAGCCAAGCCCCACCCCCCUCCCUGGGGUGUGUAAUUCAGGGAGUUUUUUUUUGCCCACCGAAGCCAUAUCCAACCCCCCCAUUUCCCUCUCCCCCACCCCCCUUGUAUCCCCCUGGUUCAUGGGGGAGGGGGCAGGGGGGUACCAAGCACAGAUUUCCCUCCCUCCCUUGCCCAGGUUCUGUUGGUUCCUUGCCCUUCCCCCAAAAGAUGAGAAUGGGGGGGGGGUUGCCCCCCCCCCACAAACUGGUCUCUAUUUUUUUUAUGUAUUAAAAGUUUUAAGGAGUA